CACCAGUUCUCAGCCUGUAGUUCCCGCCUAAAGCAGUCCUCUCUCAAGUCCGGACACUUGCAAGCCAUCACACUGCAACCCAUCCUCAAACGACAAAUUACCUGCCUACCUACCGUACCUUCCUCAAACACAUCUUUGCUAUCGAGCAAACACCACACAAUACACACACCCGUCAAGCAACAACCACUUUGGGGUACUAGACGACAGAAAAAAAGAAGAAGAAAAAAGAACGAAAAAAGUGACCGACAUCCGAGACGUUGGCAAGAAAUCCAAACACGAUCCCGGCCUGUGACAAGCGGACCUCACCCAGCACCCAAGGCCCGAGCGGACCCAAGAAACACGGCCCUCGCCCACUUUCGAACCUCCGACGACACUCGUCCCCUUCCACCCUCCCGUCCGCAUCUCUCUGUCCCAUCCUUCCCCCCUCUCGAGAUACUCUACAGCCGAUCCGCCUGUUGUCUGUUCAUUGACUGGACCGACUUGGUUGCGUGUUCUUUCUUCCAAUCCAACCAAAGAACAAAGUACGGCCGGUUUUUGCGACCUCAAGCUUUGUGUGUGUGUGUCUGCGACGCCCAUCUUUUUUUUUUUUUGGACAGCCGCCGUCGGUCGAUCCCACCCUUCCUUUCGACAAGUCACAAACGGCCUGCCCGCCAAUAA